AUGGCGUCAACCGACGCCUCCCAGGAGGUUGCAGAAGGGUCUGUCUCGGAGAGAGGCUUUUAUUGCUGGCAAGAUACCUCUGCAGGAAACCGGGUAUCGGAAUUCGCCAAGAGAGGUUUCCCUUACUACACAGAAUAUGGGCUGGAUUUCCUAACCGACUUCGCGUUCAAUCCCCGCAUUCAACACAUAUUGGAAGCCUAUUUCGACCGAUGUCUCCUUGCGCACUGGCUCAGAUACGAAGCGUUACCCGAUCAGCAUAUUGAAUGCUUUAGGCAAGGCGGGCCUGAAGCUGGACGGCGGGUUUUCACGGUGCAUGUGUGUUCGAAAGGGUCACAAGUCGCUUAUUAUGCUGGAUCGCAUCUUCAUAAAUUCAAAACGACAAAGGGCUUGAGAUCGGUUUUCGAGGUGUCACCGGAAGAGCUGAGCCGGGCUGGUUGUGAACCAGAAGCACCCAACUUUCCGAACGGAGGCUUAGUUAUCCUCGAUGCUCGUAUCUGCUUUGAAAUCAAGCAAGGAUAUACUAUGACGUUUAUGUUUGCGACAGAAGAUGUAUUGGUCAAAUGGCCCAAGAUAGUCCUCCCGAACUCUACGAUACUCAGGGACCGGGUGGCUGAAAUAGAGAACAUAAGCCCAAAGAUAGGACUGAACUUCGCCUUCCAGGAAAAAGAAGCUAGGGAAAUAAUGAAAGCAUUAUGA